AUGGAUCUGAAAACCAUUAUAGAUGAAUUUGAUCGAGUUGCCAAGAAACAAGAACUAUCUACGAGUAAGUACCACCAACUGAUCGUUAUGAUUGAAGAUGAGAUUAAACAAGCACUCGCUGACCUUCAAUCAACCGACGAUAUCGAUCAUAAAUCAGUGAUCAAACACCUGGCAGAAAAGCUGGAUGCAUAUAGGGUUCAAGAACAGAUAAAGAUGUUGAAGAAGGACCUAAAAGUUGAUCUUGAAAACUACCCAGAAAUCCUGGGUGAAUUCGUAGAGACAGAUAUAUCAAAAGCAUCCAGAAACGUGGAGUUUGAGUCGCCUAUAGUAAACAAAAUCAUUCUGAACCUACUUUACCAUGAAGGUCUCUUCGAUGUCGCCAAUACAUUCACAGACGAAGCUCAACAACGCCAUAUUAAUUGGUUAAGACGUGAUUUUUCAAAAAUGCAUGAGAUUCUUGACGCAUUGAAAGCUAAAAAUCUUGAACCUGCUUUGAAUUGGGUAUCGGUCAACCGUCUCAUACUUGACCCGAAGGAGUCAAAUAAUCUUGAGUUUAACCUCCGGCGACUUCAAUUCUUGAAGCUUUCAAAAGAAACCCCAUCGGAGGGAAUCAACUUUGUCAAAACUUACCUUUCACCACUUGCUUCAAAUCACAGAAACGAACUUUUAAAUCUCACGCUCUUCUUUUUUUGGCCGGAGAAGGUCGAAACUUCACCUUACUCCGACUUAAUUUCGCCGGAAAAAUGGGCGGCGGUAAGCCAAGAGUUUAUUGUUCAGUUCUGUGGGUCUAUUGGGGUGUCGUUUAGGAACCCAUUAACGGUGACUGUGGAUGCCGGAGCUCUUGGGCUGCCGACCCUUUUGAAUACGGCUAAUCUGAUGGGUAGGGAUGAAUGGGCGGCGAGGAGGAAGUUUCCGGUGGCGAUGGAGUUGGGAAAAGAGUUUCAGUUUCAUUCGGCUUUUGUUUGUCCUGUAUGCAAGGAACAAAGCGAUGAAGAUAAUCCGGCGAUGAUGUUGGGUAUGGAUGAGUGUCAUCAUGUUCUUUGUAGUCAAACGAUAUCGGCGCUCACGAAAAGGAAAACCCGUUUUCAUACGAUUCAAUGUCCGUACUGCAGUUGUGUGAUGUCGGUUAACAUGUGCCAGCGAUUGUAUCUCUGA